AUGUCGUCGCCGGAACCCUCCAUCCUCGCCGCCAAUGACGACUGUGCUGAUGCGGGCACCACCUCUUUCGUCACCGACCUCAGCAUCGGCUCCUUAUUCACCAAGGCACUCCUCAUCCUCCUCUUCGUCUUCGUCGUCAUCCGCGUAUCUAUCACCAUUUUCCGCUCGUGCCGCGGCGGCAACCAUCAACAAAGCAGCCACCGAGGUGACGGCGUCCCUGACUCAUCUGGUAAUAAUCCCGACGGCCAUCACGACGAAGAGAACCCCGUCCACAAUGAAGCGGGGGGAAUAACCCCUAAUAGAGUCCUUGAAGUUGAAGCCGUCAUCAACUCGUACCCGAGUUUCUUGUACUGUCAUACGAAAGCCGACGAACGAAACAACACGACAUGUCCGAUUUGCAUGUGCGAGUAUUUGGAGUCGGAGAUGAUAAGGAUGAUGCCAAAAUGUGGGCAUUACUUUCACCUUAUAUGCCUCGACGAAUGGCUGAGGAUUAAUUGGUCGUGUCCUGUGUGUCGCGACUCGCCGUCGUUGCAACAUGCCACGACAUCGUCGUCGCCGCAGGCCACGCCGUCGUUGCAACAGGCCACGCCGUCGUUGCAACAGGCCACGCCGUCGUUGCAACAGCAGACGACGUCGUCUUCACAGGACGCGCCGUCGUCGUCGUCCUGCGACUAA